AUGCCGAGCGAAACAUUGUUGACCAAAAAAGAUCCCACCCGAUGGUUAGAUGCGGCGUUUUUCGAAAAGGUUCUGCGGCAGGUCACUAACGAUAGGCUGCUUACGGUUGAAGAUUUUUUCAUUUCGGUCCAAGGAAAUGCCGCUGAGCAGUUUGCCAGUACGAUCUAUCGAGCCAACGUUCGAUACCGAUCCAAGGGUAAGGUGGAACCAGUAGCUCUUGUCGUAAAAUUAGUGUCUUCAAAGGUAAACCGUACAUCGGAUGAAUCAGCCUAUGAAAGCGAAUCACACAAGUACAGAGAAGUGAUCGAUCAAAUACAGGAUUUACUAAAGCAAGCUGGAGAGGCAUACUACCAAGUAUCACCUAAGUUUCUUUACGCGUCAGCUGAUCCAAAACCGGUAAUAGUGCUGGAAGAUGUGGCAUCAAAAGGAUUCGACGUUCAUAAAACUCAGCUGGAUCUCGAGGGGUCCAAAGUUGUUUUGGCCAAACUGGCAAAAUUUCACGCUGCGUCACACACCCUGCUGAAAGAUGUUACUAACAAAAAUUUAACUGACAACUCAGUGGGGUUAUUUAAUUCAAAACUAAAUGAAGGUGUACAGUUCAUGACUGAAAAUUUUCUAAUCUUCGCCGAGGAGGUGGCCAACUGGAGUGGAUUUGAGAAAUACUCUGAAAAACUUUUCAACGUAUUGCCAAAUUUCACUCAGCUAGCUGAAAACAUUUUCAGCCAGAACAAUGAAUCCGUCUGCAUGAAAGUUUUGAACCACGGUGACUUAAAUUAUAACAAUAUGCUUGUUAAAUAUAAUUACGAUAAAUCAUCUGUACUGGAUGUUCUUUUCAUCGAUUUUCAACUCAGCUUUUGGGGCACUCCAGCAGUGGACUUGUUUUACUUCCUGUAUUUAGUCUGUGAUAAGUCAACUCGUGAGAACCACAAGGAAUCGUUGAUUAGCUAUUAUCACCAACAGCUAACGGAAACGUUGCAGAAAAUCGGACAUUUGGGAAAGAUUCCAUCUUUGCUGGAAAUUAGCAAUGACAUGUUGAGAUGUGGAUUUUUGGAGGUAGUAAUUGCCAUUUGUUUUGUGCCAUUCCUAUUCGCCGAUUACGGUACGGCACUAGGUACAUUUGCUGAUAGCCAGGAUGCCAAACAGUACAGACGGGAGCUGUACAAUAGUCCGCAGUUUCGGAAGAUAAUUGAACCCUUGCUACCUUACUUUCUGCACAAGGGAUUUCUGCAUUGA